AAGGUUCCCUUGUUAGUAAUUUUUUUCGUGGUUAGGUAUUUGCCUCGAUAAGAAAAACUAUGAAUGCUAGGAAAUGCCUUUUUCAAUUCGAUGGACCAAUUAUGUUACUCUAAACAAAAAGAAUGGAAGCAUUUUGAUGGAUCCCUAAUUCCUAUAUUAUGAGAUCAUCCUCCAAUAAUUGAUGUAAAGUGACACAGCAAUAAUGUGGCAUAAGACGAACGAACAAAAACGACGAGUACCUGAAUCAUGAAAUUUAUGGCUUAUUAUUGUUAUCACCUUGACUAAUUCGUCUUCAUAAGCACAGUCAUCAUUGAUAUCGUUAUAGACCGUCAACAAUAACAAGCUACUACUAAUUCUUAAGACGAUUACAUAUGUUAGUCUCAUUGAGAAUUUAGUAAUUGUCCAUUUUUGGGAGUCUAAUAAUGCAGCAUAUUCAUGCUGUUCCUGAUGAGAUGAUGCGUACACAUAAAUGCGUCACAUGAAUUCAUUCACGAGAUACAUUUUGUUUGGUGAAGUGGUCAAUAAUAUUUCUCCAAGUGAUUUAAAAAUUGAGGUUCUUGGAAAUGUAUCAACAACUUGCUUCUCUGAUCUGCAGUCUAGUUUUCAUAGUUUUGCUCAUCAAUGGAGGAGAUGGUCAAGAAAUAUCAGACGAGUGUCUGGGUUGCAUUUGCCAUGCAAGCAGUGGAUGCAAUAAAAAUCAAGGUUGUACUGAUGGGGGUGUUUGUGGACCAUUUCUUUUAACAUGGCCUUUCUGGGCUGAUGCUGGAAAACUUAUGAUAAAAGGAUCGAAUCCCACAAAUGCUUACAGUGAUUGUUCCAACGAUUUGUACUGUGCGGCAGAGAGCGUAAGAUCCUAUGCACGAAAAUAUGCAAAGGAUUGUAACCAAGAUGGGAUUAUUGAUUGCGAAGAUUUUGCAAGAAUCCACAAAAAUGGACCCGGAGCUUGCGGAGAUUUGCAACUUUUGCAGACGGAAUAUUAUCAAAAAUUUGCACAAUGUAAAGCUAAAGUUAAUCCACAAUGAAAAUGUUCCUAUCCAACUGUUACCACCAAUGUUAGUAAAUAACAUGCAUAAAAUCAC